AUGAUACUGGAACUACUCGCCAUCUACGCAUCGAUUCUGCUUGGGUGCAUCAUUUCGACAUCAUGUCUAAUUGUUCUUGGGAAGUCCUGGGGAAAACUACCAUAUUAUUACUUGCGAAUCGUCAGGUGGAUUCAGGACUUUUAUCCAAAAGUUUAUCCAAGGUCAGCAGCUCCAUGGCCUGCAAUUAUCAAGAAGAGCCCGAAGAACUGUUUACUGCGCAACAAGGGAAGUUCAAAUGUUCAAUUCUCGUUUCUUCUGCAUUCGAAAGAUCUUCUCGAAUUGUCCGUCGAUGCGAUGCACUCAGGGCUCGAAGCGAUCGUGCAAGAUACCUUGAGCCAUGCAUUCGAUCGCGCCCCAUCGUACGUUGAAACACUUCUCAGGUUUACUCCUCAUCCUCAAUGGUUAGGAUCUCAAAAGGCGCUGUUUUAUCUUACCUUACUCUUCAGAUGUGGUUUUCUCCUCCCCAUUCGGAUGAGCUUCCUAUUGCUCUCUUUUGUUUUCCUUUUCGGUGCCGGUGUUGUAGCAGUCAACAAGAGAUUGACGGACAAAGAAAAGACAUGGAUUGGCAUCGUUUACUGCAAGCUAUUUUGCUGUGGAAUGGGUUCAGUUACUUUGUUCAGAAAUAGGCAUCUCAGACCAAGGGGAUCUGGGGUGGCUGUUGCCAAUCACAUGACUCCGAAUGACAUCCAAGUUUUGUUCGCUGAUACGCCGCUUGGUGCACAGUAUGGUUAUGUUAUCACCGGACAAAAACAUAAGGGAAUUAUUGGAUAUAUUGAAUCGUUGGCCAACCACCUUUGUUCUACAUAUUGGGUGGAGAGGAAAAAUGCAAGCGAUCGCCGAGAUUUUCUCACCGAAAUCAUCAAGAAGGCCAAGUUUGGAGGCCCAGUUCUUCUUUUCCCUGAGGGCUACUGCUCCAAUAACACUCAAGUCCUCCAGUUCAGAAAAGCCAUAUUCAGUGAAGGCAUCCGGAUAUACCCGGUAGCAUUGAAGCAGAAAAGUCGCUAUGGGGACGCGUUUUGGUGGGACGAGCAGUUCUACGAGUAUCUACUACGGGUUAUGUGCAGUUGGGCUACAUAUUACGACGUCACCUAUCUGCCUUCGAUGACGCAAUUCUCGCAUGAAACAAACGCUGAGUUUGCAGCUCGAGUGCAAGCGGUCAUUUGUGACGUAAUCGAUGUUCCAGCUGGGGAAUUUGACGGGUCUUUGUGGUACAACAAGUCCGAGCGUCGUCGCCUUCUUGACCUCCAGAAAGAGAUCUGUGCCACUGCUUUGCUUUCUUAUCACCGCGAUAAAGAGAAGAUGGAAAGCGACGAUGGAUACUAUAGUGUGAGUUCUGGCUUUGCAGCUCAGGAAGACCUAUCUGUACAAGUGAACUGA